AUGCCUCCUGACAUGCUGGUCGACCACGACCCAUACACCUACACGAUUUGUGAUGGAUAUGCGAAAGCACAAUACCAUUUCCUCAUUCUCCCACGUAUACCAUUCUAUAUAGAUGUACAAGAUCAAGGGAUAAGCACGCGUGUUCAAGUCCCAACUCGAGACUUGGACUCCAUUCAAGCCCUUCUACAAAGUCGACACGCCUCGGCUGUUCUAGACCGCCUUGGCGAAGCGCGCCAUCGACUAGUUCAUCGCAUUCAUGCCUCGAUGCGCCAGGCGCGAAUUGAGCCACAUGGGCACUAUGCGUUUUAUCCAUGCAGUGACGAUAAGGACCAACAUGCCGAGGGUGUCGCAUGGCACGUCCAUUGCGGCUUUCACAGCGUUCCUUCUAUGAGACACCUGCAUUUGCACGUCAUAUCGAAUGACUUGGUCUCGAACCGGCUCAAGCACAAGAAGGUUAGUUGCAUUGGUUCGACACAUAUGCUCAUGCAUUGCUCCCUCUUACAGCACUACUUGUCCUUUCAUCCAGCUGUUGGGUUCUCGUUGCCUCUGGAGAAAGCACAAGCCCUAGCUGCCCAGGGUGUAUCCAAGGUGUGUUAA